CUCGUCAGUCAGUCGGUGGGCGCGGCGGCGGAGCGCAGCUCGUGUCAGAGACAAACCCGCGCUGAGGAGGAGUGAGGGAGGGACGCGCACACAGAGAGGGAGGGUGUGUGUGCGCGUGUGAGAGUGUGUGAGCGUGUGUGUGUGUGAGGGAGAGAAAGUCACAGCCGGAGCCAGAGAGACGAGAAAGAUAAAGGAAAAAGACGGAACGAUAGACUUGCGCGUGAGAGAAAAAAAAAAAGUACCUUCUUGUUCUCUAUUUCCACCAGACUGAGAGAAACUAAACUAAACCCGACUGCUUGGAUGAUCCAGCACCUACCGCUCUGUCAGUCCACCUGGAUUCACUGACCAGCCGCGCAGCAGCAUGUCCCGCCGGAAGCAGAGCAACCCGAGGCAGAUCAAACGUCCUCUGGAGGAUGGCCUGGAGGAAGAAGAGGAGGAGUGUGUCUCUGAGGAGAACGAGCUCUUGGCCAAAGAUGAGUUCUCUGUGGAGGAGAACUUCACGGCAGAGUUUGAGACUGAGAACUUGAGCUGUGAAGAUAUGGAGUACUUCUGCAACAAAGGAGAGGAAGAAGGCAACCGAGAAGGAGGAGCGGUAGAGAUGGAGGUUCAAAGUGAGAAGAGUAGGAAUGCUGCUGUUGGGCCUGAAGAAUGGGACGGUCCAAGAGAGCUGGAUGCGUUCCUUAAAGAUGGCGAGCGUCGGAUCCACAGCCGACGGCAGCUUCCUGUGGGAACGACCUGGGGACCAUUUGAAGGGAAGAUCGAGAUGGGCGCUGACACCACUGCACUGAAGACGAAGAGCACGGUCCCGGUGGUGCUGAGCGCCGGCCCCAGGUGGCUGCUGGAUGUGACUUGGCAGGGAGCAGAAGACAACAAAAACAACUGUGUGGUGUACAGCAAAGGUGGCCAGCUGUGGUGCACCACCACCAAGAACAUGAUGGAAGGCGAAGAGCUGGUGGCGUUUGCGGUGGACUUCGACUCCCGUCUGCAGGCGGUGAACCACAUGUCUCUGAGUGAGGGCAUGUACCCAGCCCGGCUGCUGGACAGCAUCCAGCUCCUGCCGCAGCAGGCCGCCAUGGCGUCCAUCCUUCCCACCGCCAUUGUCAACAAGGACAUCUUCCCCUGCAAGGCGUGUGGAAUCUGGUUUCGGAGCGAGAGGAACCUGCAGGCCCAUCUCAUGUACUACUGCAGCGGGCGGCAGAGGGAACCUGAGACAGUGGUGGAGGACAGUGACAACGGACUCCACCAAACUCCCAGUAUUUGCCCCUUCCCUCAGUGCAACAAGACCUUCUCUGGAGCCCGGGCCCUGGAAAUGCAUUUAAGCACCUCACACAGUGGUGUCAAAAUGGAAGAGAGCCUCCCUCCUGGCACCAGCUUGAAAUGCACAAUCUGUAACUACACGGCAGAUUCUCUUAUUACAUUCCAGCAUCACAUCAUGUCUCACCUGUCACAGGCGGCCUUCAGAUGCAAUCACUGCCAUAUCAGCUUCCAGAGCCACAGGGAACUCUUACAGCAUCAGGACUUACAUGGGCACGGCAGCAAACUUCACAGGGAAGGCGACGGCACUGAACACUCCCCCAGGGGGCCCGAGGAGAGCCUCCAGCAGCAGCAGCAGCAGGCCCGUGCCGAGCUGGCCAGCAGGAAGGAUGCUCUGCUGGGAAGUCCCAAAGGGGCCCUCAGCAAGGAGACCAGCACAGACGGAGAGGCUGACAAGGCUGAGAAGAAGCCCCUGCUGACUGCUCAGAAGGGAGAGGCCCACCCAGGCAGCAAAGCCAGUUUUUCCUACACUAGGAUCAAAUCUGAGCCCUCCAGCCCCCGUCUGGCCUCCUCCCCGGUGCAGAAUAACAUGCCUACAUUUCCCAUGGGCCCCUUCUUGUCUCAGUUUGCCUUCUCCCAAGACAUUUCUGUAGUCCCACAGGCUUCAGAGAUUCUGGCGAAAAUGUCAGAGCUAGUUCAUCGGAGGCUGCGCCACGGAGGAAAUAACUACCCCCCUGUCAUCUACAGUCCUCUGAUGCCCAAAGGGGCCACCUGUUUUGAAUGCAAUAUCACCUUCAGCAACCUGGACAACUAUUUAGUCCAUAAAAAGCACUACUGUAACAGCCGCUGGCAGCACAUGGCAAAGUCUCCUGACUUCUCUGCGCUCUCAGAUAAGGUUUCUGAAGCUGUGAGCCCUAACAGUGGACACAGUUCUGUCAACCUGCUGGCUGGCUGCCACCCAACAGAGGCUGACGCCCAUCUCAUGCAGUCUGCUUGCCUGAACUCCAAUGUGCUGGAUAUGAUCAAUGCUGGGGCUAAAGGGCCAGAUAAGGACCUAGUAGGACAGGUGAAGAAGGUCUCCACCCCAACUGGAGCUGAAGACAGGCUCAAUGGGAAGCAGAUGGAGGGGAAAAGCCCCAGCACAGGGUUAGUGGAAAGUGAUAACGAUCCCAACAAGACAACUUGUGAAGCCUGUAACAUUACCUUCAGCCGCCAUGAGACUUACAUGGUCCACAAGCAGUACUACUGUGCCACUCGCCACGAUCCCCCCAUGAAACGCAUGUCCACCAACAAGGUUCCCUCUAUGCAGCGAACCAUGAGAACCCGCAAGCGCAGGAAGAUGUAUGAAAUGUGUCUCCCCGAUCAGGACCACCAAAGGCCCCCUUUGGCUCAGCCGGGUUUUCUUGGAGUUCCUCCUUUAAACCCUUGUACAUCUCAAGAAGCUGUAGAAAACCUAGCUGACCGCUUCCACCCCCGCUGUGAUAUCUUCCCUGGGAUGGUACCCAAACACCUGGAGGCCUCUCUGACUGUCACUAAACCUAUCCUGGCUCCUAAAUGCAGCACUGUGGAGCAGCAGGAGCUGGACGCACCCAUUGAUCUCAGCAAAAAAUGUUCACCAGUCUCUGACAAGACAUGUAGCUCUCCCAAAAGACUUUUAGACUAUCACGAAUGUGCAGUGUGCAAGAUAAGUUUUAACAAGGUGGAGAACUACCUAGCACACAAACAGAACUUUUGUCCUGCAACAGCAGCCGCUGCAGCUGCUGCUGCUCAACAACAGCAUCCACAGCAGCAGCAGCACAGUGAGAGCAGCACCCUGGAGCCCAGCAUGUUCCCAGAUGUGAAGAGCGAAGGCAAUAACAGUCCUGAUGAUGGCUACGAUAAGAGCCCUGGCAAAUGUGAGAAGAAUGGGAAUGGGAAGGUGAUGGUGCAGAAUGGAGGCAUGUUCCCCCCUCACCUGGGGUCUGUGCCAGGACUUAAGCCUUUUCCUGAGCCCCAGCUCAUCCCAUCAAAAGAUGAGAACAAGAAUAUGUUUCUGCCUCACUGCCUUUAUCCUGGAGCAAUAAAAAAGGUGAAAGGUCCCGAGCAAAUAUCACCGUAUUUUGGGAUAAAGCCAACCGAUUAUGUGACUGGGGGGCCUGUGAUGCAGGGAGAAACUGGAGAACAGGAGCAGAGUGUUAACGGAGGAGAGACAGGAGCAGCUAGGGAGCAGGCGUCGCAGCCAGCUGCUAACGGUUGCCCCCACCCCGGCAAGGACCCCCUUCCUCUCCUGCCCAAGAACCGAGGCAUGGUCAUUGUUAACGGGGGGCACAAGCCAGAGGAGCGUUCAGGCACAGCCCCACCGCAGCAGGAGAACCAGCCACUGACAGAGAGCCAGCCCUCCAACACUUCACCCACAUGGGCCACCGAAAACCAGAGCGACUCCAAUGAGAACAUGUCCCCCCCCUCAAAGUCUCCUGCCGAGGAGGCGGCACCUGCUGCUAACAAAGGCGUGAACGGCUCUGGAAGUGGCAAAUACUGCCGCCUCUGUGACAUCCAGUUCAACAACUUAUCAAACUUUAUUACCCAUAAGAAGUUUUACUGUUCGUCACAUGCUGCAGAGCACGUGAAGUAAGCUGAGAAGAAGAAAAGACUUGCUCUUCUUCUGCUUUCCAGACGUUUCCUUCAGACUUUUACU